AUGACAUUUGAUAAAGUAACGCUUUCCAAUCCAAUCAACGAGGAAAAGAAGUUAAAACCAAAUUCGGCAUCUCUGAAACAACAGAUAUCCACUUCAUCAUCAGAUAAAUCAAUAAAUGAAUCAGGCACAAAUAUAUUAAAUAGCAAGGCACUGAGAAAGAGGAAGGGAGAAGGAUAUGAUAAGAAUAAUGCACAUCAAUCAAAACCGAAUAAGAAGCAAAAGUUAAAACAUGGUUUAGCUAAAGUAAAAACUAAUAAAAGUAAACAUGGGUCAAAACUUAUUGUGAAAUUAGAUCAUAAUUCGGCAAGUCCUAAAAAACUGAAGUCAUUGACUAAGUCUGAUACAUUGGGUUCAAGUCCUAUCAUCAAACAACAUAGUGCAGAGACGUCACAAGAGACGAUUGUCAAGUCAUCGCAACCAGUUUCUUCGCAAAACAACAACUCCAAUGACAAUCAUCAAUCAACCGAUACACAAAGUAAUAAUCAAAAAGAAAAGAAUAAAUUGAGAAGACUACGACGGAAAGAAAAAUAUAAAGAGAAGAAGAAGUUGGAGAGUCAUCAAAAUGAAAGAGGUUCACCCAAUUUGAAUCAAACAUCACUACUACAAUCAAUCGUGAUAAAUUCACCUCAAAGCUCCCAAAAGUCACAAAACUAUAAUUCUGGUCAGGAAACAAGAGUUUCAAAUGGCACGAAGAAAGACUUUAGUGUUAAAAGUUUAGAUAAAACUCAGAAAGUACGAAAUCGAAUAAAGUCACCUCGAAAUAAUAAGUCAAUUAACUCUCAUGUCAGCUCAAAAAAUGGGGAAAUAAGUUUGUCGAAACAUUCUGGAACGGAUGAAUCAAACGAAUAUCUGGAAAAUGCAUCUCACCCAGAAUCUCCUAUUUCCUCACCUAAGAAGAAACAUAAAAAACUGAAAAAGCAGAAUCUAGACUUAAAGGGCCAUUCCACCAAUAAACUGAAGAUUAUUUUACCCAAGUCAAAUCAAAGCUUUCUGAUUAGUUCAUCAAACGAACAAUCGGUAUCGCAAUCAUCGAAAGAUGCGUUAAAGUCAGUUUCAAAGGAUGAACUGAGUGGUCCAAAAUCUAUUGAUUUGGAAUCACAAGUCACAGAUCUACAGACAAAUGGGCAUAAUUUGAUAACAGAUGAUCAAAAAAUACUUGAUAACAGAGACAGUGCGUCAGUUAUCGAGUUCAACCGACAAAUACAAAAGCAGGGAAAUGUCUUAACUAAUUUGAAAAUUGAUAAUACUAAUAGUACGGACAACAAUGAAAAUAAGAGACCAGGAUACGAUUCGGAUUUGGAGAUGACGGAAAUCAACGGUCCCGAGGACGAUGUAGAAAUUGAACAGUUAGAUGUUGAUGGAUCUAAACCAGAUGGAAGUAUUGAACAAGAAGUCAUACCUGAAGUUCAAGAAACGACAAAAGAACUGACCGAGUCAUCAAUAUCCAAAAAGUUGGAAAAGCAAUUAAAGAAAAUUCAAACUUUGGAACUGAAUUUAAAAGAUUAUAACUCAGAAAUUGAUAUAAAUAAAUAUGAACAAAUUUUUGAUGACUUAUUUUUAAUUAAAUCAAAAUUACAAAAAAAGCUAAAUAAAAAUCAAAUUUACGCUGAUGAAUUUUCAAAUUUAACAAAUCAAAACUUACUGCUUUUACCAAUUUAUCAUCCAUUUAUUUCUAUGAUUAAUACAAAAUUUGAAAAUUUUGAAAACAGUGAAAUUAUUAAAGAUAUAACUCAACGUAUUGAAAACAUUAGAAUCGAAUUAAGUGAAUCAAAUUUUAAAAUUAGUGAUACAACAAAUGCAUUACAAAGUUUGUACGAUUUAAAUGUUCAAUAUCAACAAGAAGUAAAUACCUUAUUUAAUUCGGUGGAUAAACCAUUUAUCAACUUAACUAUUCCGAUUGAAAAUACUUCAAUCUUACCAAUGAUGAAUCCGGUUGAAAAUCAAGUUGACCAAUAUCAGGAAGUAAAUCAAGACGAAUUCAAUGAAGAACAACAUCCAAAAUUAAUUCAAGACGAAUUUAAUGAAGACAAAUUAAAUAACUCGCAUCAAAUUGACCAAAACAGAUCAGAAACUGAAGACCAUUUACUUGAUAAAAGAGGAAGCGUCUUAAGAGAAGAAAUUGUACAACAAAUACAAAAUCAAGAAAAUACAUUAAACUCUGAAAAGAAUAUCCAUAAAGAUCAAGAUGAAUUGAAAGAACUUGAAUCCUCUUUCAAACCCAAUCAAAAUUAUAUUAAUUUUUAUAAUAAAGAAAUUAAAGAAUUUUUUAAUUUAUCAUCAAAUAAUUCAUCAAUAUCAUUAAAUUCACUGAAUAUUACAUGUGAUGGAUCAUAUCCUACAUCGAAAUCACAACCAGGUUCAACUUGGUCUUCAAAAGAUAAAAAUUUAUUUUUUAACUUAUUAUCAAGAUAUUCAAUUCAUCAAUUAGAUCUAAUAAGUGAAAUUAUGAAAAAAUCUUCAAUAGAAAUUAUGAUAUAUUAUAAUUUAUUAAAAAAUCAAUUAAAAAUUUUAAAACAAGAAGAUAAAAAUUUUAAAUUAUUAUCUAUGAAUGAUAUUCCUUUUGCUUUUGAAAUUCUGGAAGAAUUUACUGAAUUUGAAGAUGAACAAAGUAAAUUUAUUGAACGUGGGGAAAAUUCCAUUGAAAAUAAAGAUCAACAAACGGAUAUAUCUGAAGAGAUUGAGGUUGAAAAUGUAACUAAAGAAACAGAAUCAACAAACAUUGAUUCAAUCGAAGAAGAAGAAUUUAUUAAUGUGGAUAGAUUAUUAAUGAUAACUCAUUUUCAAAAAAUUGAUAAAGAAGCUAAGGGAGAAUUCACAAAAUUAAUUAAAUUAAUAACAAAACAAAUAAUUUUAAAUAUUUUAAAUUCAAACAUAAUUUCUAAAUUAGAUUUAGAAAAAUCAUCAAAUAAAAUAUAUCCAAUUAUAGAAAUUUCUCAUAUUUAUAGUGCAAUAAGAGAUAUUUCAAAAAAUCCAGAUUAUGAAUUUAAUUUUAUAAAUAUUUUAAAAAUUAUAAAAAGAGAUAAUGGAAUUUUUAAUAAUUUAAAUGCUUGGUCUAAAAAAAUUGGUGAUUUAUUUUUUGAAAGACCUUUAUUUUAUAAUUCAAAUUUAAUUGGUAAAUUAAAAAUUGAAGAAGAUAAAAAUUUUUCAAAAAGAACUACAAUUCAUGAAUUAAGGAAAAAUCGAAAUCAGACUAAAAGUUCCUCAUCAAAAUUACAAAAAGAUAUAGAAUUAGAAGAACAAUUAUUUAUUGAAGAAACUUUACGUUUAAAUCAAUCUGAUAUUAAUGCACUGAAAGAAUAUGAACAGGAAUUGAUUCAAAAAUUAUUGGAAAAUAAUGAAGAUGAACAACAUGAUGAUUCAAAUUUAGAAAAAUUGAGACAAAUUUUGGUGAAGAACAAAAAUGGAUCUAGAGCCGAAGAAGAAGAUGGUGAAGAAGAGGAAGAACAAUUUGAUAAUGAUGAAUAUGAAGAUGAAGAACUUUCAAAACUUUUAUCCGAUAUUGGUGGUGAUACAUUGGAAGAUUAUUUGAGAAAAUUUAAUUAUAAAUUUGCAUUGUACUCAGCAGAUGAAGAUGAUUUAGUGAUUAGUUUAAAUGACUCAAAUGAUCACGAUGAAGAAAAUGAGGCAAGUGAUAAUGAUGUUGAAAUUGUUGAUGAUUCAAUCGAGAGACAAUCUAAUGGAGAUGAUAGUAGUGCUAAUGAGGAAAAUGUCAAAAAAGAGGAUGUCAAUAAAAGUCAAUCAAACAAUGAUAAAUCGAUUUCAAACAAAUCGAAUGAAGUUCAAGAAAUAUUGGAUGAUGAUGUUGAAGCUGGUUCAGAUUCAUCAAAUUCAAUUGGUGAAGAUUCAAAUGAUUAUAAUUCAAGUGAUGACGAUUCAUCAAAUUCAGUAUUGAGAAAAGCAAAGAAAACUGAAUCAAAAUCAAAAAUUAAUAAUCAUAAUAAUACGAAUGAGAAUGAUCAUUUGGAUUCAAAUUAUGAGGAUACUUAUAUGUCAAACUUUGAAAGUGAUGAUGAAAAGUUCAACAAGAAUAAUGAAUUUGAGGUUGAAUUUGAUAUUGGAAAUGAAAAUUCAAAUUCAAAUUCAAAUGAAUUGGAAUUUGAAAUUGAACCAGAUGAAAUUGAUGUAGAUAGUUUUUUUAUUAAAGAAUAUCCGGAUUCUACAUAA